AUGACGAACUUUUUCGACUUGCCUACGGAGAUCAGGCUGGAUAUCUACAAGAAUGUGUUUGGGACGGGGAGGGUGGUCUUUUCUACCAGUCGAUCGGAUACGGAUUCAUUACUGCCGCGAGCGGCUACCCAACCGGUAUCGUGUUGCCGAAGUUCGCAGCUCCUGGCGGUAUGCAAGACCAUAUUGGAGGAAGCCAGGCCGAUCCUGUACGCCGGCACGACCUUCCAGGUGGUGUCGCACGUCUUCGCGGGUAAACUGCCUGCGAACUUCUCGGAUGGUGCGCUCAUGGCGCCGUACGUGAGACAUCUGGUGUGGCAGGUGGAUUGCGACAUGUUGAAGUGGAUGUACCAAGAAGACCUUCAGAUCCGCGACUCGGACCUGACGCAACUAUCCAGUCUCGAGGUCCGGUGUCGAGCAGAAUCAUGGCGGGAUUCCUUCCUGGGCGAGCACUGUGACCGUGAUCGCUUCAUCCAGGGCAGGGAGCAGGCCAUCUCAUAUGCCCGCUUUCUGCAGGAGCGGAUGGCGAACAAGCCUCAGUUGGUCGAGGACCGACGGUUACUGGGAAGAGGCUGUGUGAUUCUGCGGCUGCAAAACCCAACGCCGGUGUUAUCUGCCGAUGUGAGUUCUCAGAUCGUUGCUGAGCAGCUCAUGGCCGCUGACACGGUCACCCAGGAACUUCUGCUCUGA